GGGCAGCAACAGGCAAAGACAUACUCAAAAACAAGACUCAACAGGAAGCAGCAAAGUAAAAAGACAUGAAGAGAAAACAUGGCACACUUGGGCAGGAAGUGGAAGCAAGGGUGUGAUGAGAGAAGCACAGGAGCUGGUUUCAGACACUUUCGAUCGGUCAUCGGCGGAGCGAGGUGGCGCCGGGUCGUCUUGGGGGUCCCUUCCCGGCUCGGAGAGACCCACAUGCCCGACCAACGUCGAGGGGGCCCUUGAAUCCACAAUUUUUCGACAAUUCUGGAUGUGGAUGGAUCGGGUCGUUAUAGACUGAAAGAUGCAUGUACGGUGGACCUCCUCGCUAGCAUGGGAAUACUUCGUGGGCUACAUCGAGCGGCCUUUGUAGCAGCGGAGUCAAGUGCUAGCGGUGACCGCCAAUGGAGACGACAUAAGCGGUGCGAGCGGAAGCAGAAGCGGGGAUGCCGAGCAGGGCUAACAACAAAGAGAAAAGCUAACCAAAGAAGCGUGGAGUCUCCGGGUAAGAAGCCAUUUAAACUAGAACUAGCCGGCGUCAGGCUGGAUAAUCCCUGCACACAUAGCAAUUCUCUUAGAAUAAAACACAACUCACAUAAUGUUUUUUCUUUUGUGACCGUGUCAGAGGCAGACAUACAUUGUACUGAGGUAGCUAACUAUGAUGCGUUCAGUUUAUCGCAACAUCAAGCAAACAAUCUGAAUAUCCCAGUCGUAUCAAUUCCUAGAUAUGGUCGAAACUAUUUAAAGUGCAAUACGCAUAAUAAACACAACAUUAUUAAUAUUGCUACUUCGGAUAAUUUCAACAAACAAUCCUCAAAACAGCCCUCUACCUAUAAUAUGGGCUUUUUAAACAUAAGAUCAUUACCUUCCAAAACGUUAUUAGUUAAUGAAGUCAUUAGAGACAACAAACUUGACGUCGUUGGUCUCGCCGAGACCUGGCUCAAACCAGACGAUUUUUUUGCGCUAAAUGAGGCAUCUCCUCCUGGCUAUACCAAUACACAUGUUGCCCGACCUCUUAAAAGGGGAGGGGGUGUCGCACUAAUAUACAAUGAAAACUAUAAUCUUACACCUAACCUAAAUAAUAAAUAUAACUCGUUUGAGGUGCUCACUUUGAGGUUUGUCACACCGCUGCCUCUCCACCUGGCUGUUAUCUACCGCCCCCCUGGGCCCUAUUCGGACUUCAUCAGUGAAUUCUCAGAGUUUGUUGCUGAUCUAGUGACGCACGCCGACAAUAUAAUCAUAAUGGGGGACUUUAAUAUCCAUAUGAAUACCCCAUCGGACCCUCCAUGCGUGGCGCUCUAGACUAUAAUUGAUAGCUGUGGUCUUACACAAAUAAUAAAUGAACCCACGCAUCGCAACGGUAAUACGAUAGAUCUAGUGCUUGUCAGGGGUGUCACCAUCUCUAAAGUUACGAUACUCCCGUACACUAAAGUAAUGUCCGAUCAUUACCUUAUCAAAUUCGAAGUUCUGACUCAUUGUCAACAAACUAAUAAUAAUAAUAAUAACUACUAUAGCAGCCGCAACAUUAAUGCUGCCACAACGACGACUCUUACUGGGUUCUAUUAACACAGAUACGACUGUAUAUACGACGGAUACCGCCCUCCAAAAUAGUUUCUCUCUCUUUGAUGAAAUAACAUUGGAGGAAUUGUCAAAAUGUGUAAAUGGGACAAAACAAACAACAUGUUUACUUGACCC